AUGUCGGGAUGUUAUGAUGCCGUGGUCAUUGGCGCCGGCAUGGGCGGCAUCUACCAAGCGUACCGCCUCCUCAAGCUUGGACUCACAGUCCGCGUGUUUGAUCGCGCCGGCGGCCCAGGAGGGACAUGGUACUGGAACCGCUACCCCGGGGCGAUGAGCGACACACAUUCGUUGCUCUACCGGUAUUCCUGGGACAAGGAAGAUCUCCAGUCCUAUCCCUGGGCGGAAAACUACCUCGACUCCGGGGACAUCCUGACCUACCUGAACCAUGUCGUCGACCGUCAUAACUUACGACAGUACAUGCAGUUCCACACCGAAGUCCGGUCCAUGAGGUGGAACGACGAGCAACGCACGUGGACCAUACGCACCAGCGGCGGUGACUUCAUCGCGCAAUACGUGGUCACCGCCGUAGGGCUGCUCAGCGAGCCCAAUUGGCCGAGCAUUGCAGGACUCGCCAGUUUCAAAGGAGAGCUCUACCACACAGCGCGGUGGCCCGAUAGCUACGACUUUAGCGGCAAGAAAGUCGGUGUAAUCGGAAAUGGCUCGACCGGGGUGCAGCUCAUCACGGCCAUCGCGCCCAAGGUGGGCUCCUUACUUUGUUUCCAACGACAUCCUCAAUACAGCGUCCCCGCCGGCAGGAAGCCCGUGUCGAAGGAGGAGCGAGAUGCCAUCAACCAGAAAUACGACGACAUCUGGGCCCGGGCGAGACAGACCUUUAGUGGUGGGGGCAUCGACGAGGCCAAGAUCAAAACCACCGAAGUGUCGAGUGAGGAACGGGAACGAAUCUACCAAGAGUUGUGGGAUCAAGGGAGCGGAAUCCGGUUCCUGAUGGGAUCGUUUACCGACAUCACCAUAGACGAAGUCGCCAACAAGACGGCGUGCGACUUCAUCAAGGCCAAGAUUGCGCAGAUUGUGCAGGAUCCCGAGAAAAGGAGGAAAUUGACCCCCAAGGAGCUUUACGCCCGACGGCCCAUCUGUGACACGGGGUACUAUGAACAAUUUAAUCGCGACAACGUCGAUAUCGUCGACAUCAUGGAGCACCCGAUCGCCGAGGUGACGAGCAAUGGGAUUAAGUUGGUCGACGGCACGUUCCACGAGCUCGACGUCCUGAUCUGCGCCACGGGCUUCAACGCCUUUGACGGCGCAUACCGCCGGAUCCGCAUCGAGGGCCGCGGUGGACUCACGCUCAACGAGCAUUGGAAGAACGGCCCGACCACCAACAUGGGCGUCGCGGUCGCCGGCUUCCCUAACCUCUUUAUGAUUCUUGGGCCCAAGUCCCCCCUGGCGAACGUGCCUCCCAUGCUCGAGGCCCACGUCGACUUCAUCACAUCCGCCAUCAUGCGAGCCCAAGAGCAGGGCAAGCUCUCGAAAACGGCAAUCGAAUCCACCAAGCAAGGCGAAGAUGAAUGGGGCGCUUUGUGCGACACCAUCAGCGACAAGAUGCUCUUCAAGAAAAUCGACUCGUACUUUUACGGCGCCAACGUCCAGGGCAAAUUGCGCUCGACCCUGAUCUUCUUCGGUGGACUUGCCAUGUUUUCGCAAAAGUUGCAGGACUGCAUUGACCACGGCUAUCCUUCUUUCACGUUCCACUAG